AUGUCGCUUAAUACUGCUCAUGCUGAUCACGGCGUUUUAAUACAUGCUGGGGAAUGUAUUAUCCUAUUUUCUGAUAAUGUCACUGUAGAAUUCUAUGGAAAUGAUACUGCUGAAUUUAAGGGUACCAAAAAUGGCCGCAUGUAUCUUACUACUCAUCGAAUGAUUUAUAAUUCAAAAAAUACUUCAGAUUCUUUGAGAUCUUUCAGUUUUCCCUUCAUAGCUUUACAAGAUGUGACAGUAGAACAACCCAUGUUUUCUGCAAAUUACAUUAAGGGGAAAGUGGCAGCCCAACCAAAUGGUAACUUUAUUGGGGAAGUUAAAUUCAAAUUGACUUUUAAAUCUGGAGGAGCAAUUGAAUUUGGUCAGGCUAUGCUUAAAGCUGCUCAUUUAGCGUCUCGUCAUGCUGCUCCUAAUGCUCCUCCACCACCAUAUACGCCACCCAGUGGCCCCUGGUAUGCAGCACCACCACCUGCGUAUGCACCACCACCACAAGGCUAUUACGGCUGGGUUCCUCCUUAUAGUGCAUUCCCCGAUCAGCCAGCACCAAACUCUGUGUUUGUGACGAACAGCCCCCCGCCAUAUCCUGGAGUAGCUGGUGCAAAUUAUCCCACUGGUCCUGGUUUUUCGGGAGCUGGCAGUCCUUCAGCUCCACCACCAGGAUAUCCGGGUAAUCCUGGCGCUUUACCUCCCAGCUAUCCAGGCAAUGCAAGUGCUCCACCUCCAGGAUAUCCAGGUGGCUUUGCGGCGCCAGGGGCGCCUUCUGGCAUGUCGUCACGUGAUGCCAAAGCUGCAGAGGCAGCUCAAAGUGCAUACUAUGACCCAAAUCGCCCACAGACAGCAUAUGUCCCACCUCCAUACAAUGAUCAGCCGCCAACUUAUCAGGAAUCUAUGUCGAAGAAAGAAAAUUAA